GACUAAACAUUAGUCCGGAGCCAGGAUGAGGACAAAGAGAGUGGAAAGACAUCCCGCCCCCCUGGUAAGAAAGCCCCGUGAUCAGCUCCAGCCACUGGCAGUCCUGCCAUCUUCGGAGCUUAAAUAAAGGGACAAUUGAAGCCGAGAUGUCACAGUUCUGACCCUUCAGACUUGGACCACCGGGCACCCCCUACACCAUGAGUUGGUCUUCGCACCCCCGGAGUUUAAUCCUCUGCUUCUACACUCUUUCAUUGCUCUCUUCAACAUGCCUGGCAUAUAUUGCUACCCGAGACAACUGCUGCAUCUUAGAUGAAAGAUUUGGUAGUUAUUGCCCAACUACCUGUGGAAUUUCAGAUUUCCUGUCUAAUUACCAAACUGGUAUAGACAAGGAUCUACAGAAUUUGGAAGGCAUCUUACGUCAGAUUGAGAACAACACAUCAGAAUCCAGAGAGUUGGUCAAAGCAAUCCAGAUGAGCUACCGCUCUGAUGGACCAGGAAAGCCAAGUGGGAUAGACAGUGCUACCAAGAAUUCCAAGAAAAUGUUGGAAGAAAUUAUGAAAUACGAAACAUUGAUUUCAACACAUGAAUCAACAGUUCGAUUUUUGCAGGAAAUAUAUAGUUCAAAUAGUCAAAAAAUCAUCAACCUGAAACAGAAAGUGGUCCAACUGGAAGCAAAGUGUCAGGAACCUUGUCAAGAUACAGUGAAAAUACAUGAUACAACUGGGAAAGAUUGUCAAGACAUUGCCAAUAAGGGGGCCAGAGAGAGUGGGCUUUACUUUAUCAAACCUCUGAAAGCUACGCAGCAGUUCUUAAUCUACUGUGAAAUUGAUGGGUCUGGAAAUGGAUGGACUGUGUUUCAGAAGAGGCUUGAUGGCAGUGUGGAUUUCAAGAAAAACUGGAUUCAAUAUAAAGAAGGGUUUGGACAUCUGUCUCCUACUGGAAACACAGAAUUUUGGCUGGGAAAUGAGAAGAUUCAUUUGAUAAGCACACAGUCUACCAUCCCAUAUGUAUUAAGAGUGCAGUUGGAGGACUGGAAUGGCAGAACCAGUACUGCAGACUAUUCUACGUUCAGGGUGACAGGUGAAAGCGACAAAUACCGCAUGACAUAUGCCUACUUCAUUGGUGGAGAUGCUGGAGAUGCGUUUGAUGGCUACGAUUUUGGCGAGGAUACUAGUGACAAGUUUUUCACAUCCCACAAUGGCAUGCAGUUCAGUACCUGGGACAAUGACAAUGACAAGUUUGAAGGCAACUGUGCUGAACAGGAUGGAUCUGGUUGGUGGAUGAACAAAUGUCAUGCUGGCCACCUCAAUGGAAUUUAUUACCAAGGUGGCACUUACUCAAAAACAUCUACUCCUAAUGGUUAUGAUAAUGGCAUUAUUUGGGCCACUUGGAAAUCCCGGUGGUAUUCAAUGAAGACAACCACCAUGAAGUUAAUCCCAUAUAACAGAAUCGCCAUUGGAGAAGGACAGCAGCACCAUCUUGGGGGAGCCAAACAGGUUGGAGACAUAUAAAAGACCAUUUCAAAAGUGAUUUACUUAUGAAAUGACUAUCUAAAAAGAAAAAUAUAAUAUUUUUCCUAUGGGACAAUGGACUUGCAAAGCCUCACUUCAUUUUAAGAGUAAAAAGAACCCAUGUUGAAAACUCCACUAACAGUUUUAUGCUGGUUGUAAUUUAUCUACACACCACUUCAAUAAACAUUUGGUUUCCUAAGACUAGAUACAUGGUACAUUUUAUUGACCAUUAAAAAACAUCAGUUUCCUUCAA